UUUCAAAUAAGAUUUUCUUGGUGAGAGAGUUUCAGAAAACCAAAAUACUUGCAAAUGGCUAUAUUUUAAAGUGAUAGAAUCAUAAUACGUGUUCUCUUUACAUUUCGUCAUUUCAAAAAUGUCUAACCACCCGCCGACUACCAAUCAUACCAUUUUUUUUUUUGGUUUUCUACUCUCACUUCCCCACAAAUAGCAUAAAAGCUCAAAUACGGCAAAAAAACACGAAUAUUCCGCAAAAAAAAUUGAAAAUCAUAUUCCUAAUAUUUUCUCCGUUACAAUUUGCUAGAAAACGCUAAUGGCUUUCGACUGUCAUCACCGGAAAAAACCUCUGCUCUACGCCGAUUUAUUCAAGCGGUCGGCGGAAAAAGAGGCUGAGAGUUUAGCUAUACCAAAUACGGAAGGAUCGAGCUCGUCGAGCCAGCUGUCCUCGCCGUGCGGCUCGUACUCGUCCGGCUUCAGCACGCCGCUGUACUCCGAUUUCGAAAGCGAGGACGGCGAUUUCAUCGCCGAGUUGAGUCGGCAGAUGGCCGAGCGCAUGCUCCAGGAUGAAGACGAAAAAGAAGAAAAUGAAAAAAAAUCAGACCCGAGCUCCGGUGGCUGCUCCGAGAAGAAAAACGGGUCGAUUCGCCUGGAUACCAGCGGCGGCGCCAUUGACGGCCGCAAAAAUGGAACCGAUUCGGGCCGGGCCGGACUCGAUGAGCGAUUUCCCCCAAUCCAUGUUGUUGAGCUGAAAAAUCAAGUUCCAAGGAAAGAGGACCAAUUUGUUGGGGGCAGGCGAGUCAAAAGGACAGAGACAACUCAGCCGAAAACACAACGGCACCAUCACAGGCAAACGCGGUACAAGGGGAGAAACGGGUCGGGUAUGCAGGCUGUUUUUCUGGGUAGAUCCGGAUCCGUUAACGUCCAGCCAGGAACCGGAGUUUUCCUGCCCCGGCUGUUCGAUUGUCCUGAUGCCGACAAGAGUGCUACAGACGUUGGAGCUCCAUUUCAAGCAACGUCAUCAAUCUAUAACAUCCCUACCAUUGCAUGAUGGUGGGCCUCACGUUCACUCUUGGCCCAAAUUAGGUGAGUCCACCAUAUCAAAGGAGCAUUCACAGCUAGAAAAAGACCCUCCAAAUGGCGACGAGAUGCAACUGCCGCAAGAAUGGACUUACGAACAAUAAUGUAGGUCGUAAAUAAUAAUAAUAAUAAUAAUA